UGAGAGUCCAAACAGCAAAGCAAGAGCUCCGGAAAGAAACUCAUCCACGAAGCCAACACCUCAAACCCUCUGGAAGGUCGUCGCCAUGAGGCAGUCGUUCGUGUCCGUCGUCUUCGCCGCAGCACUCCUGCUCAAGUGCUACGUUCUGUCAGGGGCGUCACCCUUCCCCAAGACUGAAGAUGGCUACUUCGAGCAGGACACCUUCACCUCGCUGCUGGGCGACGAGGCGACAGAAAACAACCUCAGCGAUGCGGAUCUGGGCACCGGCGAGAAGACGAGCGGGUCGAGGGUGAUCGUCGUCGCAGAUCCGGGCAUGUGGAGGGACCUGCGGGUGCUGCACAACGGCCUCUCCCUCUACAAGCGGAGAGUUGACUACAACAACCAGCUCAGCGACCACAAAGACGCCAGCCAGGACCUGAACAUCCCCAUCCUGAGGAGGGACAACAUGAGGUGCAUGGUGGGACGGGUGUACCGGCCAUGUUGGGAAGCCUAGGACAGUUGACGACUCACACUUUGAGUUGUGACAUAAUCCGAUAUUCUGUGUAUCUAUAUUUAAAUUAUUGCAGAUCUGCAAAUUAAAAACCCUUCAAUUCUGCCUUA